UUUAUGUAUUCAUACCCAUGCUGUCAUGCAUGGCAAAUAAUUGCAGUGUGUUUGCAUGUGUGGUAACAUAUUUAUGACUUAAAACAAUUGGUGGGUAGAUAGGGGGAUCGGGGGGUUGGAACUUAGGCCUGCUACUUGCUCGUCUAAUUGGUGAGUGUUUGCAUCCGUGUGUGUUUAUGAAAAAUGUGCAACUUAUCUACAGAGGCAAUAUACAACCGCGGGAGUCUUGUCCUCCUCACUAUCCUCCUCUGACACUCCAAUGGCAAGAGGACAGCAUUUUCUCAGCUGAGAGAAGAUGGCAGCCAGGCAUCUGAACAUUCCCUAUCGCAAGGAUUUGAGUCCAAGCAAAACACUUCAGUAUGUGUGUGGUAAAGAGAAGUGUGCCUGUUUGUACAAGUUAUCUGCCAGUGGCCUCCUCCCAUUAGUUUGCUGACUUGGUUGAGCCCUUGUCUUCUGUUGAAGGUUGUGUGUUUUCAUUUCUUUGUCUCCUCCUCUGUGUUGUACUUCUGGAUGCAACAAGGAUAAAGAAAAGAGUAAUUCACACCCUCGUUGCCCUAAGGAUCCUUGUUAGAUAUGGCAGAGUGACCUCACAGUGGAGGAUGCAGUGCCAAGAGGGCAGGAAAAAUAAUUUUUCUCAAAGCAAAGGCAGAAAUAUGAAGAAAAGAAAAUAGAUUGAAGUGAAGAAAUGACUCCUCUUGCACCACAUCUAAAGCCUUCGCCUAGACUGGAGUAUCUGUCUGGGUAAAAGGCGAAGUCUGUAGAAGUUACAGACUGAUUCAUUUGUGAAAGCCCACACGGACACUAAAAAGUAUGAAUACACUAAGACCUCAUACACAGUGCCAUUUUAUUUUUUGCAUACUUGUCACACUAACAUGUUUUAGAUAAUCAAACAGAUUUUAGUAUUAGACAAUGAUGACUUGAGUAAAUACAAAAUGAGAUUUUAAAUGACAAUUUCCUUUAUUAAAGCUCCAAAUUUGGGCCCUACGUUGAAAAGCAAUUGCCGCUAUUGUUAAAUCAAAGCUAACCACAUUUGUUUCUUGGAAAGCUGAGUUCAAUUUCACUAGUCACAGACGUGUUGAUUCAAGAAAUCACGUACAUAGAACCUGUCUGGUAAAGUGAAGUAGGCUAAAAGAUCUCAAAAAGCAACACAUUAUACCACGAGCUAAAGAAAUCCAAAAACAGGUAAGCAACAAAGUCAUUGGCAUUUGUCAGUCUGGAUAGGUUUACAAAACCAUUUCUGGGACUCCAGCGAACUACAGCGAGAGCUGUUAUCUACAAAUGGAGAACAGUGGUGAACCUUCCUAUGAGUGGCCAGCCUACAAAAGAAUGUCUCAAUGGUCACGAAAGAACCCAGAACAACAUCUAAAAAAGUGAAGGUCUCACUUACCUCAGUUAAAGUCAGAAUUCAUGUUUUAACAAUUAGAGAUUCGGCAAAAAUGCCCCCCCAAAAAAACACUGCUGGAUUCUGAUAAUUCUUGAAAUUAAGAAGAGGUAAAAAAAAAAAAAACAUGCUUCGUCAAACAUGUACCUGAAUGAUUUGCUGCCACACACCAGUAAGUAUACCUCUGAAUCGCUAAAAAAAAGGAAAAAACCCAAAAACAAAUGAAGGUUUCAGAUUGGUGCAAGAAAAACUUCCAAUAUGGUUGAAUUAAAACAAUUGUACAAAGAGUGGGAUGAAAUUCCUCCACAGCAAUGUGAAAGACUAAUUGUCUGUUAUCCCAAAUGCUUGAUUGCAGUUCUUGCUGCCAAAGCAGGCACAUCCAGUUAUUAGGUUUAGGGGGCAAUUGUUUUCUCAUUUAUAGACCAGAUUGGUCCUGCGACUGACUGGUGACUCCACCCCACUGUUUGCAUGGAUUUAAAAAGAAGGAAAAAAAUUAGGAAGGGACAAAUACUUUUCGCAGUACUACAGACUUGGUGUAUAAGUGAGUAUUUCAAUUUUGUUUAAUAAAAAUAAGAAAAAAAUGUAAGUGAUAGGGUUGAGUGGCAUGUUAAAAGCUUCCAGUCAGCUAAUGUUGGUCCAUCAACCGGUAAUUCCCAGUGUAUUUGCCAACAGCUAACGUAUUUAUCCUCUUAACCCUAGUAUGCUGGAUUGUUAUCUCAAUAUGAGCAUUGCUUCUGCAUGUUAUGAGGGCUUGAAGUUUUCUUUUUAAUGUUUUUUUUUUUUUUUAAAUAUUGCAAUUUGUGUUUUUGAGUCUAUCAGUUUACUUUGGCUUUUCAGUGGGCAAAGGGGGAAAAAAGCCCUUUAAGUUGGUGGAAAAACCCGAGCUGAAGCCUCUUUUGAAAGUUUUGCUGGGCAGCAUGUGUUUGUUGGCAGACUGCCAGUGAAAAUGCAAGAGAGGGGAAGUCAGCAGACUGGCUGUCUUCUGUUCACUGUUGUUCAGAUUGACUCUGUCAGGCUGGCCUUUGAGGCCUGUAAUCCAGGUGGUCUGUUCUUUGCGGUGCCCGCUUCCCUCCUCAUCCUCCCUCUCUCCCUUCACCUCCGCUGCCCCAUGCCCACAAACACGCCUGGCAUCAGCGGCUUCCUCUCUGAGCAGUGGUGUCUUCCUUCCACCAAUCACAUGGCUCUGCAGUUAUGGGCACAUUGGUGUAAGCCAAUGAACGACACCUGUUUUUCUCAGGAGUGGUUCUACAUGCCAGUCAUAACACCCACUUUAUUUGGCCUCUGUCACAAAGCCAAUCUCAACACGUAAUUCACGGGCAUCCAGGCCAUGAGAGGCACAGGCAAGAAGAAAUAUGGAUUUUAGCGAUGGGGAAAGGACUUUCUCGAAAAUUAUUUUCCCAGCACAAAUGUCACAGAAAAUCUGUGCUGCAUCAUUGCAUCAUCGGAAAAAAGUAUCAUGCAGUAAAGGAACCUUUUGAUAGGACUGAGGGAUCAUUGUUCGGUGAUUCAUCAGGCCAGGUGACCUCUUCGCCCUUGGGGUCUCCAACCUCCCACCGUGGAAUGCACCCAUCUCUACUCAGCCCAACGUCCAUGGGGCCCUCAGGCCCUCUCCACUCUCCCAUCAGUACGCUGAGCUCUCCAAUGAAUGGCCUGGCUUCACCCUUCUCUGUCAUCAGCUCACCCAUGGGCCCUCACUCCAUGAACUCGCCUGGCAUGGGCUACGGUCCUAGCGUUAGCCCCCAGAUGUUCCAGCUGAACUCUCCAAUGAACUCUGUCAGCAGUACGGAGGACAUAAAGCCUCCACUGGGCCUCAACGGCGUGAUGAAGGUGCCUGCCCAGCCCUCGAGCACAGCUCUGUCACUCACCAAACACAUCUGCGCCAUCUGCGGUGACCGCUCCUCAGGUAAACACUAUGGAGUCUACAGCUGCGAGGGCUGCAAAGGUUUCUUCAAAAGGACUGUCCGCAAAGACCUGACCUACACCUGUCGUGACAACAAAGACUGUGUCAUUGAUAAACGCCAGAGGAACCGCUGUCAGUACUGUCGCUACCAGAAGUGUUUAGCCAUGGGCAUGAAGAGAGAAGUUUUGUUACAUGCAGCCGUUCAGGAGGAGCGCCAGCGAGCCAAGGACAAAAAUGAGAAUGAGGUGGAGUCUACCAGCUGCGCCAACGAGGACAUGCCCGUGGAGAAGAUCCUGGAAGCCGAGGAAGCAGUAGAACCUAAAACCGAGACCUACAUCGAGACCAACCUCGGUGUGCCAUCAAACUCGCCCAACGACCCAGUGACAAAUAUCUGUCAAGCAGCUGACAAACAACUUUUUACCCUGGUUGAGUGGGCUAAAAGAAUCCCCCACUUCUCUGAGCUGCCGCUGGACGACCAGGUCAUCCUUCUACGAGCAGGUUGGAACGAGCUCCUCAUUGCAUCAUUUUCGCACCGCUCGAUAGCGGUUAAAGACGGGAUUCUGUUGGCAACGGGGCUGCACGUUCACCGCAACAGCGCCCACAGUGCCGGAGUGGGAGCCAUCUUUGACAGAGUGCUGACAGAGCUGGUGUCAAAGAUGAGGGACAUGCAGAUGGAUAAGACAGAACUGGGGUGCCUUCGAGCUAUUGUCCUUUUCAACCCAGACUCUAAAGGUCUGUCCAACCCAGGCGAAGUAGAAGCUCUGAGAGAGAAAGUCUACGCGUCUUUAGAGGCCUACUGCAAACAGAAAUACCCAGAGCAGCCUGGCAGAUUUGCUAAGCUGUUGCUGCGAUUGCCUGCACUGCGCUCCAUCGGUCUUAAGUGUCUAGAGCACUUGUUCUUCUUCAAGCUCAUCGGCGACACGCCCAUUGACACCUUCCUUAUGGAGAUGCUAGAAGCCCCACAUCAAAUGACAUAAUAGAGGUGAGGGGUUGAACCCUCUUUACCUCCACCCAACCCUCCUCAUCAGCCUUGGAUCAAGAGGGGGGCCUUUUUCCUUUUUUUUUUAUUUUUUAAAAGAAUCUCCAGCAAGGGACAAAUCACAAGACAGCCUUGGAUGGAGAACCUCCCCCUUCCUCCCUCUUUUUCUCCUCCUCUGUCCCUUCUACCCCUCGCCUCGCUUAGAUGUUUUCAAACAAUGAAUCCGUCACGCCCAUGGGUCUGUUUUAUACCUUGUAAAAAAUAUAAAUACGAAUAAGAAAUAUUAUAUAUGAAAACCACGCAGCAAGACGAGUGACAACGGUGGACUGAAAUGAGGACGGACAGAGGACAAAAGAAACAUAUUGAGCCAUUGUUUUCAUCAUCGCUUUUCCUACACCUUGACAAGAAAAAGCCGAGAUGAUCAGGUUUUAACACAUAAAGACAGAGUUGCUCUUGCAUAUGUGUGUGUGUGUGUAUAUAUAUGUAUAUAUAUAUAUAUAUAUAUAUAUCCACACAUAUAUUGAACAGUAAUGAUGUCAUAAUUGGACACUCAACGUUGUGAUCGGGACAAUCGUGGGCUCUUGAGAGCCUUGGGCUGUUUAGACUUGGACCUGAGCCCUCACUGUCUUUCAGGACUGAACUUAAUUAAGAGGGGCGGGCUGGUUCGGGGAAAUAAGUCUGCUUAAAGGAACUUGUCUGUUCCUGCCUGACUCAACUAAGCACGUCAGGUCUUGCACUAGCUGUGUUCUUUUUUCAAUGUGUGAGCUUUCUGGAGAAUUCAGAGGUGGGUUAACAAGGUUGCAAGAGCUCAAAACCCUCAGGUCUCUGCCCAAUUCCAACAAAUACAACCAUGUCUUACUCUAAACACUGUGCAACACUGGGGAGGAUGUUGUGGUAGUCCACUUAUCAACCCUUCAGUUCGCGUAUUGCUCGACAGAGAGUUGGGAAAGUUUGUUAUGUACAAUCUACACACAGGACCAUUCAGGCUGUUUUAAAGUACCCAACUGUAAGCUUUACAGCCCACUGGAUGCUCUGAAAGGCUACCAGCACACGGAGGAACAACAUAUAUUUUGGAAAGUAACAUUUCCAACAUUUGGCCUUCAUCACGACAAGCUUGGACGCCUGGAAAGUUUGUGCACACUCACACUGUGGGUAAACGUCCUAGUUUUGCCAGCCUCUUAGCUCCUUAUCGUCCAUUCUCCACCCUCUCCACCUCGCGUUUCAUGUGAAUUCCAGCACACCAUUUACACCUCCACACUCUGCUCAACACAGCGGGUAUUAGCUUUUCAAAACACCUCAUAUCUACCUGUACAGAAACAGUAUUGACGUUAUUUUCAGUUUUCACUUUUAAAGACAGCAAUGCACAAUUUACCUCUGCCUCCAUCCUUCGGCCCUUCGGUUCUUGAUACCCAUUUAGGAUUAGACCAUAUACAGUAUGUGAGAGAUGUACUUGUUGCUGUUGCAGCAGGAGCCAUUAUUUGUUUGUUUGUUUGUUACUUGGCACUUAACCUCAUGACCGUGGAGUCGGGUUUCUAAACAGAGAGCUGAUGUCGAUGUAAUUGACCUCUGAGGUGGACUCUGGCCCCAACCCAAUCAGGAACGCCACAAUUGUUUAACACCUCAGAGGGACACACACACACACACAAACACACUCGCUCUCUCUGCACUUCUCUGGACAACCAAGUGUCGUAUAAGUUGAACUGAAAUGUUAAAUAUCCAUGUUUCUACAUAUAUACAUGUUGUGUAUAAAUAUGCUUUAUGCCCAUAUUCUGCUUUCUCCCCCCUCCUCUGCUUUUCUGUAAAUGCUGCAGCUGCUGCAAAACUAUGCAUCAAUUGCAUUUCCAAAGAUUGUCCACAGAUCUGAGAUCUUUUAAAGAAAUGUGUUUGUCAAAUGUGGGUCCACUGCAAGUUUUUUACUGACAGGAGAAAAUAAUACCAAGGGUUUUGUUGUUGUUUUUUUUAAAGAUAUUUAGGGGUUAUUUAGCUCUGGUUUACUCACAUUUGAUUGAAAUGAACUCAAACUUGUAUUUAACCAGGCAAAUUAUUAAGAGACAACUGCUCUUUACAGCGGUGGCCUGGUAAAAAGGCAAAGCCUCUCAAGUAAAUGUGGCCAUUAUAAGUAAGGGCUAAAACAAAUUCUGACAUGGUAACCCUUGAUGACAAAAAUCUGCCCAGAAACAGAAGGACAUAUAAGCACCAGCGAAAGUACUAAAAGGUAAACUUUGUGAUAGGUCACACUACAGCAGGUGUCACCAGGAUUUCAAACAAACUCACCAAGUGUAAAAAACCAAAUUUAAAAAAAAAAAACACCAGCUUUGCUACUGCAGAUAAUAAUAAUACUUAUGAUGGUUAAAAAGAUUUAAAUAGGAUUUUCUUUCUAUAUCUGCAUCUUUGCUACUCUUUCAUAAGCACCUUUACACUAUCUGAACCUGGGAAACAAAAGAAGAAAAAAAAGAAACCCGAGCACUGUGUUUUCAUUACAUUUUGAUAAAAGUCAGAUUUUUAAUCGGGUCUGAGGAAAUGUAUGGAGUCUUGAGAGUGUGCCCUUUGAAAAUAAUUUGCUUGAUAGUAAUGGAUAAAUGAAAAUCUGAAUUGCACUGAAAAUGUAAGUAAAUUAAGCGUAUGAAAUAAAAUCCACGCUUAAAAUGAUAAAACAAUUUUUUUUAAUCAGCUGGUGUUUCAUGUAUAUUUCAUCAUAUCCAGUCUCGCAGUUGGUUUAUGAAAAAUGAAACUCGUGGGAAGCAAUCGGAGCUUAGUUUAGCUGUCAGCUACUGAUGUUGAGUUUAUUAGCACAUUAAUCAAUUAUAAUCACGCUUUGAGGGUCAUUAAGACUCCAUAGAUUUCUGACUCAGAAAAAAAAAACAAACCAUUCUGUAAAAUGUCCGUAUGUCAGUUUUUCAUCAUUAUUUGGUGCUAGUUUUAUAAUAAAUAGCACGCGCUGGGAGAGAACUUGUAAAUGUCAUUCCACCUCUGUGAAACUGAUCCCCCAGAUGGCCAAUGAUCUCUUUUGUCUUACGAUGAAAAAAAUCAAAAAGUCAGUUCAUACAUGCUGGCUCUGAAAUGUCAGAUGCUAUACAGCUCAAGCAGGACUGCAAGGUUUACUUUGGGUGAGGGAGAAGUUUGGGUAAGAGGAAAGGGAGGGAUGUAGUAGCAGUUUAAGAGCUGCGAGCUCCUUCUAGUGGAAGAGAAAGAGCGCUGCAACAUAACUUGAAUUUUUGUUGUUGUUGUUGUUGUUGUUGUUUUUGUUGUUAACAAAAAGAAGGCACUUUCUAACCGCAUUACUAUCAUCAAUAUUCCUUUGGCUCAGACAAAACCUCAGUAUCUGUGCUUAUUAAAACUGAGUAAAGUAGCAAUAACAUCAAAAAGACCUAUUGGCUUUGUGUUUGAUUCUUAUUCUCCAUUUUCAUUGAGGUGGCCUGAAUAUUACAACCUAUCCAUGUGACAGUAUUGACUGCCAGCUUGAGCUUACAGUAUUUAUACUAUUGAAAAAAAAAAUAUAUAUAUAUAUAGAUAUAUAUCUAUAUAUACAUAUUUGUUUGUCUGUUAAAUCAAAAACGUUCAUACAUUUUCAGAGGAAACUAUUUUUAGAGGCUGAUUUUCAUCAAGAAAAGCAGAUGAUAAAACAAUCCAAUGCUCGUUUCCAACCGGGUGACCCAAGUGUUAUAACGAUUAUUCUCCUGUUCUUUUGAGUCCGAUGUCUCCUUCUACUGUGAUUAGUGACAGCAGCUAUCUUAAGCCAUAAAUCGAUCUUGACAAGAAAGAAAUGGUCACCUGCAAAGAAUGAUUACCUUCACUGAAUGCUAUAUUUUGUUAAUAUGUAUAUGUGUAUAUAUUUAUAAAUAUAUAUAUCGACAGCUCUAUUCCUUAAGGAUUUCCAACAUUGAAAGAAGGAGACGAGUGAUUCAGACCAAACGGCAGGUGUUCUUCAAGCUUUUAAUGGUGUUCGUUCCCCCCCCCUGAGGAUUUGUUUGCAUUUUGACCUUAAUAAAAAAAAAUCCUGAUCAACCAGCAGAAUUGCAGCAGUUAUAAACUCAAACCAGCUUCUCAGCAGUUUAUGGGACCUUAGUAAACUAUGAAAGAGAGGGGAAAAAAUGGUUAAGAUUUGAAACCCUCUGAAAUGUAUGUGUUGCUUAGCAAUUGUAUGUUCAAAAAGAAAAAAAAGUAACCAGGAAAAGCUGAACAUGUGACACAAUCACUGCUUUCUUUGUGGCAUAAACAGUAAAAUGUUGUAGUUUAAAAAAAAACAACACUUGGUAAAAGCUCUAUUUUUGUACAAAGGUAAUUUUAUCCCUUGCUUAUGUACUCUGUUCUUUCUCUUCUCACUGUGGGCUGUUAUGUACAUUGUGGAAAAGCUUAUUUGACGGCAAGAGAUAAUUUUCAGAUUGAAAAUGUAAGACAGGAGUAAUAGUAAGCUUUGGCACUUUGGUAACUGUGUCGCUUUUACUUUGCCAUGUUUUAACCUGUCGCUGCAAGAUGGGAGUAUCUUCUUUCAUUAUAUUUUGUCUAUUUUUAAGAAAAUGGAAUUUUGUCAUCUGUUCUUCGUGGGUUGUUCUCUGAUGUUCUUCAUUCAUGGACAGGAAAAAAAAGGUUAUUAAAAAAUUUUAAGUGAGCGUU